AUGUUUAAAAGCGUCAAAACAAAAAUUAUUGCAAGAUGGGCUUUUAAUACAAAAAAUUGGAUUCCUACAACUAAAGAAUACGAUCAAUUGUUAUCACUUGUACAAACUAAUGAACAAGAGAAAAUCAAAAAAAUUAAAGUUUCAGAAAAUUUAAAGUCUUCGUUAAUUGGGAGAUUGUUGAUGAUAUUAUUAUUUAACAGAAUUUAUGGAAUUGAUUAUAGAGAAGUUGAAUUUGAUAGAACAGAAUAUAAUAAACCUAUUUUGAUUAAUCCGAAAUUAAAUAUUUUGUGUGAUUUUAAUAUUUCACAUCAUGGUGAUUGGGUUGUGUUAGUUGCUGGAGAAAAUUGUCGAAUUGGUAUUGAUUUAAUGAAGAUCGAACAACCUAAUGCUGGUUAUAAUGUUAAAAAAUUUAUUACCACAUUUAAAGAUCAGUUUACAGAAAAUGAAUUUAAUCUAUUGAUAAAUAAUAAUCAGCAACAACACUACAACAAAGAGGAAGUGGAAAUUCGCCAAUUGCAAAGAUUUUAUAGAUUUUGGUGCCUGAAAGAAAGUUAUGUUAAAGCUGUUGGAAUUGGAUUAUAUUUAGCUUUGAAUUCAUUUGAAUUCAGAUUGGAUGAAAAUGAAGAAAAUCUCAAAAUUAAAAAGAAUACAAAACUUUAUGUAAAUAAUGAAUUGAAGGUUGAGUGGGGAUUUGAAGAGCAUUGUUUAGAUGAAGAACAUUGUGUGUGCAUAGCAUAUGAUACUAAUUACAAUGGUAAUAAUGGUGAUGAUAGAAAAGAAACAGUUAAUGAAGGUUUUGAAAUAAUUGAAAUUCAAGAAAUUUUUAAUUUAACUGGUACUAAAAAUAAUCGAGUAGAAGCUACUUAUGCUUGUGACGCUUCUCCAUGUAAAGUUCCUGAUUGCUUCUGCGUCUCACAGAAUCCUCCCGGCGGCCUAACGCUGGAUAAAACACCACAAUUUGUGCUUUUAACUUUUGAGGAAGUAAUUGGAUGUAAAAAAGCAUCGAAUGCGUUUGCUGGCAUACCAAAUGACAAAAUUAGUGGAUUCCGUAACCCUUUUCUUGAUUGGACACCAAAAGGGUUUGACGUUUUAGCAACAAAUGGAUUCACCUAUGUCACAUCAACUACUUUAUUGGCCGCAGAUGAUACUUGGCCUUACACAUUAGAUUAUGAUGAGAAAAGUAUUCCACAUUUGAUGGAUCCAAUGCUUGAUGGCACACCGGAUCAAGUAAUGACUCGGUUGAAAGAUAACUUUAAUCGUCAUACAAAACAAGGAAGUGUUUACCUACACCCAGUUCAAUUAUCCGAAAUCCCCGGAAGACCAAGCCCUGAACCAUCUAUCAAAAUGCUUAAAGAAUUUUUCGAUUGGGCAUUAACUCAACCAAAUGUCUGGUUUGUUACCAAUCAACAAUUACUUCAAUGGAUGAAAAAUCCAAUGCCAACUAAGACUAUGAGCCAUUCAAAUGUCAAACACCAAAUUUACACUGAUCAAAGCAAGCUUCCUAAUGAUGUUAACUCUAAUGCUAGUAGCAAUAAUAAUACCGCCGCCACCACACCUAGUGCUACACCUUCUAACAAUAGUACAAGAUUAGACAAACUUGUAUUCCAUAGUUUCAUUGUCAUAUCAUAUAACACACUUCCAAUGAUAUUACCAUCAUGUGGUGAACACUUACAGCAUACUCAUGACCCAUCAAACACAUAA